AUUUGCCAAGAAUGCGCUGUCCUGUUCAGCUCCCUCUACACCAUCAUCAAGAGCAUCGCGAACAUGUCGAAAUCCCUGCACUCCGCCGCAGCCUUUGUCCUCAGCUGCGGCACGGUAACGCUCGAUCUCAACAAGUCCAAGGCCUUACUGAUUCGCUGGCACAAAACUGGAGAGGUAAUGCUGCCCAAAGGUCGGAAGGACAUUGGCGAGACAUUGGAAAACGCAGCGUUACGCGAGACGUGGGAAGAAACUGGAUACCGGGCGUCGCUUCUGCCUUUACCAUUCCUUACCCAGGCGACUUCGCCUCCAAGUUCUCAGAACUCAGAAACGUCGACAAGGCUCGUUACGGAACCUAUUUGUGUCACUCAACGCGAUAGAGGUGGCGUUCGGAAAAUCAUCUUUUGGUUCGCGGCAGAGGCGGAUUCUACUGCUCCCGAGGGCAAGCGAGAGCAGCAAGAGGGCGAGGACUUUGAGACUGUGUGGACAGACCUGGACAUGGUGGGCCAAGUACUGAGCCACGAUGACGAUCGAGAAGUCGCACGACUGGUGAUUGACGCCCUGCGUGGCCUGCCUGCGGCGUGAAUAUGGAGGUGGUUAAUGCUUGUACUGUACCAAGAGAGUACAUGAAUGAGAGACAGUGUGAGCCUGGAAUUGAAGCUCUCAUAUUCUGAGAACGGGAGAAGGAUGGGAUCAGUCGAGGCUGCGACUGACCUCUGGCACUUUGCUCAACGCCGUAGCACUCAGAAGCGUGUUUCAAGAAAUCCAUACAUAGCCCUCAGUUGUGGAAAUUUUCCCUUCAAAAAGUUCUGCGAUUUGCA